AUGCCACUUUUCCGCUGGAUGAAAUGGCCAAGAAAUGAGUCGUACAAGUCCACACAUUACGCUGGCUCAGACAUAGUGACAAAAACUCUGCUUCGGGAAUUAAAGUGGCAUCUCAAGGAGCGAGAGAGAUUAAUACAAGAGAUAGAAAAUGAACAGAAAGUGAAAAAAACUGGUGUGGAUUACAACUGGCUGAGAAGCUACCAGAAUCCCCACGUAACUAUCCCAGCUACUGAACAAAGACAACUUGAAACCCUUUGCUCCCAAGUUCAACCUUGCCAAACCGGAACCAUUCUCAGCAGAUUUCGGGAAGUUUUGGCAGAAAAUGAUGUACUGCCAUGGGAAAUUGUCUACAUCUUCAAGCAAGUUCUGAAAGACUUUCUGAGCAGUCCCGACAGAGAUCACCAGCACCAGGGCCCACAGGACCCCUGGGGUGCUCGCCACCCUCCCUCAGGGCUUGCGGGCGAAAGCUCCCAGAGUCCAGACAAGGAUGAAAUACCCACUAUUUCAAGUUAUGUAGACAGAAACACAAAGAACAGGUUCCCAGCAUGCUCAUACAGAAUAUGGAACCUGCCGUAUUAUCACCCAUCAAAUUAA